ACGCAACAUGGCGUCCAAUCAAUGAACAGUGGAAGUGGCGAGCCAGGGCGACCUUUGCCCCGGCAGUGAAAGGAGUCAACGGCAUGGCGACCAAGAAGGCGGACGCGACCGUGCCGGCGGAGGAGAGCGACCAGCUGCUCAUCCGUCCCCUAGGCGCGGGGCAGGAGGUCGGGAGGUCCUGUAUCAUCCUCGAGUUCAAGGGAAGGAAAAUCAUGUGUCUGUGUACCCCCUCCAUGCGGUGUCAGCUGGACUGUGGGAUCCACCCGGGACUGGACGGAAUGGACGCACUGCCCUACAUUGACAUCAUCGACCCCGCCGAGAUCGACCUCCUGCUCAUCAGCCACUUCCACCUGGAUCACUGUGGGGCCCUGCCGUGGUUCCUGCAGAAGACCAGCUUUAAGGGCAGGACCUUCAUGACCCACGCCACCAAGGCUAUCUACCGCUGGCUGCUGUCCGACUUCGUCAAAGUCAGUAACAUCUCGGCCGACGACAUGCUGUACACGGAGCAGGAUCUGGAGGACAGCAUGGACAAGAUCGAGACCAUCAACUUUCAUGAGGUGAAGGAGGUGGCCGGCGUCAAGUUCUGGUGCUACAACGCGGGGCACGUGCUGGGCGCCGCCAUGUUCAUGAUCGAGAUCGCGGGAGUGAAGGUGCUGUACACAGGCGACUUCUCACGUCAGGAAGACCGACAUCUCAUGGCCGCCGAGAUCCCCAGUGUCAAACCCGACAUCCUCAUCAUCGAGUCAACGUACGGGACUCAUAUCCAUGAGAAGCGCGAGGAGCGCGAGGCGCGCUUCUGUAAUACAGUGCAGGACAUCGUGAAUCGUGGGGGGCGCUGCCUCAUCCCUGUAUUCGCGCUAGGACGGGCGCAGGAGUUGCUGCUCAUCCUGGACGAAUACUGGGGGAACCACCCGGAGCUGCACGACAUCCCCAUCUACUACGCCUCCUCCCUUGCCAAGAAGUGCAUGGCCGUGUACCAGACAUACGUGCAUGCCAUGAACGACAAGAUCCGCAAGCAGAUCAGCAUCAGCAACCCGUUCGUCUUCAAGCACAUCAGCAACCUCAAGAGCAUGGAUCACUUUGAUGACAUCGGGCCCAGCGUGGUGAUGGCCUCCCCGGGGAUGAUGCAGAGCGGGCUUUCACGCGAGCUCUUCGAGAGUUGGUGCACAGACAAACGUAACGGUGUCAUCAUCGCCGGCUACUGCGUGGAGGGCACGCUCGCCAAGCACAUCAUGUCGGAACCUGAGGAGAUCAUGACCAUGUCCGGCCUCAAGCUACCACUCAAGAUGUCGGUGGACUACAUCUCGUUCUCGGCGCACACAGACUACCAGCAGACGAGCGAGUUCAUCCGCGCACUCAAACCCCCACACGUGGUGUUGGUGCACGGGGAGCAGAACGAGAUGGGGCGGCUUAAGGCGGCCAUCAUCCGUGAGUACGAGGACAACAAGGAGGUCUCGAUGGAGGUUCACAACCCACGCAACACUGAAGCCGUCGCGCUGCACUUCCGCGGAGAGAAGCUUGCCAAGGUGAUGGGAAUGCUGGCGGUGAGAAAGGCCGAGCAGGGGCAGAGGAUUUCAGGGAUCCUGGUGAAGAGGAAUUUCAACUACCACAUCCUGGCCCCCAACGACCUGUCCAAUUACACGGAGCUGACGAUGAGCCAUGUGACCCAGUGCCAGGCGGUGCCAUACACGGGACCUCUCACACUGCUGGCCCAUCACCUCCAGACGCUUGCUGGCGACGUGGAGGAGGUGGAGGUUGGGGAUAAGCCAGCGCUGCGUGUGUUCCGUGCCGUCACCAUCAUCCAGGAGCCUGGCAUGGUGGUCCUGGAGUGGGUCGCCAACCCCGUGAGCGAUAUGUACGCUGACGCCGUCGUCACGGUAGUGCUGGAAGUUCAAUCCAACCCUAAGCUCUGCAAAGUUCCGCACCAUGGACCACCUGAGAAGACGCACAGCGCCGUGUUCCUGCAGAGGGUCCUCACUAUGCUUAGCGACAUGUUCGGAGAGGACUCGGUAUCGCUAUCGCAGGCUGGGGAUGCCCUCUCAGUGAGCGUGGACGGACGCACGGUCAACGUCUCCCUGGACACGUGUCGUGCUGAGUGUGCCGAGGGGAGCGAGGAGGAGGAUGAGGUUCUGCGGGAGAUGCUGCAGAGCUGCGUCACUCGCCUCUUCCGCUCGCUCGCGCCUGUCAUUGUGUGACAAGCAUGGGGGGCCCUGCCAGGGGACCCACGGGCCCCCGUGUCAGGAACACAGAGACCCAUGGAAACAAGCAUGGAUGGAGACGGGGAUUGCUUGUGACACCAGUUGCAGCGUGAGCAUAGCUCGGUCUCGAACUUGACCAUGACCUUGCCACCGUUCCUCCAGCGCUGGCGUUUUCUCACCAGCGAAGCUGUGAUGGCGAGGGUGAUAGUUGGGAGGAGAAGGCUCUGAGUCGACCUGGAGCUGGGCUGGGCAGUGUGCCAGCCAGGGUGGUGAGAUCCGUGCGCUUCGACAACGCACGGCCCUGAGCCAACGCUCAUGUGAGCAGUGCAUCCACGCUCCACCUGGAGCAGCUCCACACACAAGCUCUACGUCGAGCCAGAGCUGUGGUCAAUUAUAAAUACAAUGAUAGCAUUGUUAGAUAACAUUACAAUUAUUUAGAGUGAUAGCAAUUGGUUAUCAGAAUUAUUUGACAUCAGGUCUUAAUGGAGCAAUCCUACAAUUGGAGCUGCGCUAUGUGUGGAGCCAGACUGUUGCGUGCAGUUGCAGUCGACGUGAAAUGACACGUGUGGUAUGUAUGAUGAACUUCAUUUGCCCCAUCCGUGCGAAAUAACUGCUUUUUGUGUUUAGUUUGUUGUCCUCACACACCUCCGAUUAGCACAGUUGGCAGUGUAUAGUUGCGAAAGAAGUUCAACAUGCAUAUGUAUCCAAUUGCACUAAUCGGAGGUGCGGCUGAAGGACAACAAACUAAACACGAAAAGAUGAAAGUUGGUGAGAAUGUGCCCGUUUCGCGAUGAUGACGCAUCUGCUUGUGUGCUCUGCAAGCCCCUCGUGGCAGCUCCUCUGGGGGCUGCCCUCAGUGCUGCCCAGUGCACAACACGUGCUGGGCACACUUCUUGGGACUGUCUCGAGCUGGGAUGUGUCUGGACAGGAUACUGUCAUCGGGAUGGGAUGUGUUCCAAUAAACGUAUUUUGCAGAAA